AGCAAAACUUACGAGUGAAAAUCGUAGUUGAGGCUGUGAUACAGUAUCUUUCUUUCGCUUGUGCACCUGUCCCUACAUGAUACAUCGGCACAUCAAGCGCGAGAGUGUUGGGCGCAAUCCUUUGUUCACUAGGGACCCCAUUUAUCCCCAUCCCCAUCCCCAUCCCCAUCCCUCGCCUCGUUGCAGCAAGAAAUCCUUAGUGCGGUGCCUCCAUCUCAUACCCGCGCAUCUGGGUCGCCUACACAAGCGUCGCCCUAAAUCCAAACGCAACGCCAUCCUUCUCAACGGCCGAACGUGACCAACGCAACGCAGCAGGCCUCGAAAAAACGUCGAAUUCGACGUAUUUUGGGCCCCGAAAAAGCUCAACUCCUGCGGAAACAAAAGUCGUCGGUGGUGUCUCUGGCACUCUGCCGCUAGAUUUUGCCACCACUCGAGAGCAAAGGCCGUGUUUUCCGAGUGUUUCUUUGCCCUUGACGUCUGGUGUGCUUGCAUCCCGCUCCCUCCCUCCGCUCCCCCAGGUCAGGGAUCUUUCCGAGGCCGCUCAAGCAUUGCAAGCAACGCUAGUCAGCGAUCAAGUUAGCCUCUCUUUCAUUUAUUCCCAUCCUGCAGCAUCGCAUCGCAUCGCGAACACUGUAUUUUACUCUGGGCAUCGUCCUUUGACCGUCGAGCACCUUUGUAUCAACCACCAAGAGGUGUGCCAUUGUGUCCUGACAUUACAAGUAUUCUUUGUCUUGCGUGCCAACUAACGAAUGCCCGCAACAGGAGAAUUUCGAGCCUCGAACGCGGUCCAAAGUUUGACGUUUGGCAGGAAAAAGCAACACUCUCAAAACGAAUACUCGCUGUGACUUGAGGCCCUUCGCACCCGUGCCAGUAGACUAGUCAUCGAGGAAGCCCAAACUUCCUCCAACCGUUCCCCAUCACCUCGUUUGACAGACACUCGAACUUUGCGACCAGCCUUCCCCCCAAGGUCGCGCUGCUCACCACGGGGCGCAAUUCAAACGGAGACGGCUUCGAUAGAGUUGACACCAACCAUCUGCCACACAUCAAAGCUCCGUACCUCCCACGAACUACAGUGCCAGGCGACGGCGUCCUGCCAAAGGAUACACUUCCAAAAUAUAGAUUAGACGGACUGAAGAAAACGGUGGAAACGGUGGCGCUUGUGCUAGACGACGAAGAGAAAAUAAAGAACGGACGACCUGACGCUUCUGCCCUUGAAACUUCCUUGAGAAUAACACCCUUCUUCCUCGGGGACAAGACUUCUUGACGACCUCCUCGAUACGUGGUUUGUCGGAUCGUAUUGUCUAUUGUGCUCCCUUGGUGACAUCAGAAUCAACGUCUGAGUUUAGACUACCCUUUGCAGCACACAUCGACGACGUACUGUAUCCAUCAUCGAAGAAUCAGUGGAAAGGAGCGUGAUCAUUCAGAGAAACACUGUUACAGCCACUUGGCGGCAUCAAGUUCUUUCCAGAUCUCGGCCACGAGGAAGGCUCCGACUUACUCGAGCUCUAGAAGAAGCCCAAUAGAAGAACUUCACACAUCUUGUGGCAUAGAGUUUCGCGCUAGUCCCCCUUGUGCCGAGCUCUACGCCAUUCAUCUCUGCUAGCAAAAGAGUUUUGGAGUGAUCCUCAAGUGCCGCUGAAGAAUCGAGACUCGACGCUAGGUCUCCUGUGCGGUACGGUUAGACCAGGACUAAGCUACGCACUAAGUUGACGCUACUAGCAGAUCCGAAGGUCUAUCUGAAUCCGCAAUCGAUCGACGACGGUUCCUGGAAGGGAAUAGCGGAAUCGCAAGGAGAGCAUCAGCAAGUGGCGCAUCGCUAUCCGUGGAGCCUGGAGAACUGGAUAAGCAAUUGGGGGAGGAGAGCCAAGAAGACUUGAUCGCAUUGAGAGUUGCGGAGAAUUUCAGGCGCAGGAAGGACUCCACGAGAAACUUUCAGAUCCCAUCCCCAUCCCUCUCCCGGACGGACGGACUGCGAGACAUUGCCAGACUGCACAUUGCACAUUGCACAUUGCACAUUGACACACGGAAGCUGAGGUUCUUGCGUGUCGACAGAGCGAUUGGAUUUGCAUCCGGAGGGCGGAGUAGCAUUGCCGACCACGGUGUCAUCAUUGGUGGUGUCCUGUUGAGUCUCUUGCUUCAUCGCCAUCAUCCUGUACCCCAUCCCAGGGCCCCGCCCGCAUCGAUAUCUUGGUUGGGAGUUUGAAUCAUUUUGAGCUUCAGAGAACGGCAAUUGUCGAGCUCCCCCCUCUUUCCCCAGCCAGCUACCCCUUGAGAACAUCACUUGUGUCCAAACUGGUGGCAGAGGCUUUUGUGCCGUACUCGGUACCUGUACAGUCUGAGUCUACCGACUCCAUACGGUUGGAGUACCAAGUACCCAGUACUCGAACGCUUUCUGAUCCGUUUGAAGUACUGUUGAGCAUCGUAUCCUGUCUCGGGCCUAGUCGAGGACCCUCCGCCGCGUAACAGGCCACCGCCUCGCUCUCGCCUGAGACCGCGAGACCCUGAGAUUGAUUGAUACUGGUACUGUAUUGGAGUAGCGUACAGUACGUACAGUACGUACAGUACUCUGUCGAUACUGGGCAGUUGUGCAGUUGUGCAGGAUCGUAUCUGGACGGUAGAGCGCUCCCCAUCCUUGCCGGCAAGCAGAUUCCAAUAGCAGCAGGCCGACCACCUGGAGAUUCCUUUUGGCAAGCGUUGACGAUAAGUGGAAGCUGGGCAUCGCAUCUUCCAAAUUUGAGUUUGUGGUGGAGUCGUAGUGGAGCCGCCUCGUCGCCCCUCAGCCAGAGGCCGCCCAGUGGCCAGCAGUGGCCAGCAGUAGCCACCAGGAGUAGCCACCAGCCAGACCAGCCAGUGCAGGCCAGCACUAGUACACGACCACCAUCACCACCACCACCACUUCUCCUCCCACCAGAACGCGCCUUCUGUGCCCUCCCCACUGCCUCCACUGCCUCCCCUCUAGCCCUCCUGCGAUCCCUGCCGAGAACGCUCGACCGUCACCACUUCUCGAGUCUCCACUGCAGCGUCUCCACCUUCUCCCCCCCAUCGACAUCGAAUCCCCAGCGAUCCCCACUCUUCUGCCUUGCCCUAAGGCGGCUUCGAGUCAAGCGCAGUGUCUGCAGUGUCUGCAGCGCUCCCCCCGUCCUGCUCAUAAUCGACUAAAAUCCCCACGGUCCUCGGUCUUAACCUCUCUCGGCCAACGCACCCUCGACUCCCUCCGCCUCCAUCCCACCACCAAGCGCGCAUCGCCUGCUCACCCAAAAAAGAGUCCUACUAUUUCGGAUACGUACUAUACCUACCCAAAUCCAUCGCACUACUACACUAAGGACCCCGCCGAGACCCCCCCAAUACUUCUCAACAAUCUCCAGUGUAGACGUCGCAAUUAUUUGUGCUCUGAGAUUCAAGAGUCAUCAUCAAUCGAGAGAGGAAAGAAAAAAAAGUUCUCACGUCACAAAAAUAAAUCUCCCCACGCCGUCGCGCCAAAGACGCGCCGUUCCAGCUCCCCCCCAAAAAAGUUGCCAGUCCGCUCAACUCCAUCCGACUAUAUCUAGUGGCGCUUCCCCCCGUCCCUCCUGACGACACUACACUACCUUACGUACCAAACCCUGCACGCACGCACGCAACUAUACCUACUACUUCUUUCUACUAUCCAUCGGUGGCUUUCAUCUGACAACCACCUUGGUCGGUCGUACCUACUACCUACCACUUCCUACGACACACCCCCAAUUCACCUCGGUCGACUCUACAUCACUUCGGCGCAUUGCAAAGCCUUGCACCACCAUCGGCGCCCCUCGACUCCACGAGCUCCCUCGGAUUCUCCAAGGUGAAGUCAAAAGCCCUUCUUGCUCUUGCCAUUGCCCUCCCGGCUACGGCUAUUCGAAAGAUUAGUGAGUGAAUUGGCAUUGUUACGUCCAAGCACCUGCAUUAUCAGAAUCGCUCCAGGUCGCGACUCCCCACUAUCCACUAUCCCGCUCUCCGCUCCCUUACUCCGUCCGGUCUGAAAAGGGCAGUCGCACUACGCUUGUGCAAAUCCACUAUACCAUACCACUCUCACCACGUUCUCGUCCUCUCUAGAUAUUCUUCUAGAGCUAUAGUAUGUCCUUGGUAGCUUCACAACAUCAUUUCACCCAUCAAUCCCACUCGACCGCGACAGGCGACGAUCCCAAGUCACCCCCGGACCACACAGAAGCAGCUCUGAGCUCGCUUCUGGGAGCCUAUACCAACGCCGAUCAGAACCCUAUGGAUAGAAGUGGUGCAUCCGAGUUUCCCCAGUCAGGUUUGCACUCAUCAUAUCCUCACGCCUUGACCAACGCUCAAUCUGAAGAAACAACUGCAGAUACCCCAUCUGCUCCUCAGUAUCCUUCUCAAGCAGAGGUCAAGCCAAGUCCAAACCAGGCUCAGAACCAGUACUCGACCGCCGUGACGCCUACCUCCGAAUUCUAUCCCACCUCAGCGCGUUCGGGUUCUUUUCCAGAUCCCAAUCUUCAUCGAACCUAUCACCCAGCUAGCAACCACAGCGGUAGCAGCGGCAUGGCUCAACCAAACAGUCCGUCUUUGCCCAUGCAGGAUGGCAGCUCCAGUCAUCAAAAUAAUCAAAUCAAAUCUGACCAGGAUGUCUCAAUAGAUCCUUCAAUCGCGGCUUCGAGUCCUACCUACGCUCACGGCCAGUACUCGCCAUACCCCUCGCAGCAAGAAAUGCAGCACGGCUAUCCUUCCCACCAAUCUGGCGGCAUGUAUACUCAACCUCGACCUGACUGGGCUGGCUACGCUGGUCAACAGCAACCUCAUCCCAUGGCAGGAGGUUACCCAGUGAGUGGUUCACAUCCGCCUCCUUCAACGGCCACAGCCAACCGUGGAGGUCAAGGAAAUCAGGUAAGCUUCAAUCUCUUCUCCAGUAUCUCCAGUAUCUCCAGUAUCGCCCAUAAUUCCCUGGCUACGAAAGAUGCAUAGAAAACUGGAUAUGCGCUGGGUCGCCUCUAAGAUCAAUGGCACCUUUGCGUCAAGACCCCCGCAGCUUUCAAUCAAAAUUUGAUGUAGAUGGAAUCUCUGAGUUUGCCGAACUGAAUUGUUUUUUUAAAGCAGGUUUACUCUUUUGUUCCCAUUCCUGGUGCUCAACAACACAAACGACCCCGUCGACGAUACGAGGAAAUUGAACGCAUGUACAAGUGUGGCUGGAAUGGAUGCGAAAAGGCAUACGGUACAUUGAAUCACCUCAAUGCCCACGUCACCAUGCAAUCGCAUGGUCAAAAGCGCACACCAGAAGGUAUGUUUAUUUUGUAUACCCCCCUGAAUCACCGUUCGCACAAGCGAUCGUGUUCCUGCACUCUCCCUGCACUUGCAGCGUUGCGUUCGCGCGGCGGGUCCAGUGUCACGUUAAAUGGGCGAUGCUGAAUUGUUCAACGUCGUAUCUCGAAGCUGCCAAACUUUGAAUGGCGCUUGCAAAAUUAUCCGAGUCUUAGUGCCUGUGCGGUCGCCUUCUCCACUGGCGUCAAAGCUAGUGUAGAUCCGAUGACUUUGGGUCUGGGGAUAACUUCACUUCUUCCGGAGCUAGCAGGGGCAACCCCGAAUCUUCAGGUACCCCUCAAUGUGACACAACGCGCUAACGUAUGAUUUCAUUUAGAAUUCAAGGAGAUUCGCAAGGAAUGGAAGGCCCGCAAGAAGGAAGAAGAAAACCAACGCAAGGCCGAAGAAGAUCGCCAACGAAUGGGGGUUGCUCAAGCUGGUCCCCCAUCGGAGCAGCAACAACCUGGUCAAGGUGCCCCACCACAAGGCUACCAACAACAGCAAGCUGAGAGGAAUGUUCAACUCCCUCCUAUCGGGUAUCAACCUGGUGGUCAAGUUCCAGCUCAAUAUCAAGCUCCUGCAGGCGGAGUCCAACAAUUGCAGCAAUACGAUGGCAACCAGAUGCAAACAUUUUCCGGAUACCCAGCCUCCCCUUAUGGUGCGCCAAAUCAGAUGUAUAACCAACGUCAUUACUUCCCUCACCCCCCUUCCUGUAGUUAACAUAGCUGACUUAUGUCCCCAGAUAACUCGAGUGCGCCUCAACCAAAGUAUGAGAAUGAUCCCCAAAAUUAGAUCAGGCACCAUUUUCGCGAAUUUCGACGAGCCUUCUAUGGAUACCUUGUCGAAAAUAAUAAUACUGCUUCGUUGUCUUUACCAAUUGCGCUCUUGUAUCAUAUGGGUCGCUGACUGCAUUUCCUUCGGUGUCCAUCAUAUGCUUUCAUUGCGUUCUUAGAAGUCCUACGACUUGUUCGGCGACGAAAACAAACGAUUCGAAUGCCUUUAUGCCCGUUUCCGCUUCUACGUUCUUCUUUUUUGCUCUGGGGCCCCGAGAUGGCAGGUCGUUGGUUGCAUUAACUGGUUUUCAAAUGUGGCGUCUCGGGAUAUAUUCGACUGGGUGUUAAUUGAUUUGUGGGGUUGCGAAGGUUGUUUUGGGUGUUUGCUCGCAAGAUACCAUUGGCUUGUUGGCUUCUAGGCCAUUUAAGGCUCUCGGUUCAAUCACCAAGAAGACUUCCUCGCCUCCGCGAACUUUUUCCUUUGUUAUGUUUUGAUGCUUUUUCUCGUUUCUUCUUGCGAAAAAAUUACCCUGGCUGCAUACACCGGAGGUCACCUUUUUAUUUGUACUCUGGGAAGAGAGACCCUGCGGGAUUUGGGGGUUGGUUGAUUGAGAUGGGAUCUCGGAUGAGGGGGGGCUUGGGAUUUUGUUUGGUUGCGUUUUUGCGAGGCUAGGUCACAUGCGACUUGGCCUCUGCAUAGUUGUGUUCAAUGGUGCCAGGUACUUUCUGUAGUCGAAAGACUGGCUUUGUGUGUGGGAUGAAAACGAAGAUCCUCAAUUAAACCCUCUGUCUUGUCAGUGUGUCUUUCAAUGUGAAUUGUGUUUCUGAUAGCGGACCAUGUUUGGUGGAGGGAGUACGUCGCUCAAUUUUCAUACAAGGGUAGAUAUAAAACAUCUUAGGAAGAGGGAGGAGGGGCGCAGGGUGAAAAGCAGAGACUUUAGAUGGAGGAAGGGAGAUUGAGAACUUGUUGUUUUCUAUUUUUUUUUCCUUCUGGUUUUGUCUAGAGGGGUGUGAUUUAUGGGUUUAUACUUUUCUUUUCUUUUCACGGAGUCAUUUGUUAGGAAUUGUAAAAGGGGUCACCAAGUGUGAGAGUACUGGGAAGAAUGCUGAUCUUGGAUGGAUGUUGAUCUAGGUAGCGGGGAUACUAGGUAUGGAAUUGAAGGGUUGUGAGGAAGUGCGGAAAGGAAAUAAGCGAGUUAUAAUUUUUUGUUUAAAGAUGAAUGAUGAAUCCUUGGUUUUUUUGUUUUGUUUUGUG